AAGCCGAGGCUGAGGCAGAUCCGUUCAGUUACACGGCAAUGAAGGAGCAGCACACCAUUAUUUCACGUUCAGGAUUGAUUACGCUUAAGACUAGAGCCAGAGAGUGAGCUGGAGAGCCACUGGGCUGCUUUGCACAAUCGUUCUAAUCAGCAGCAAAAGCAGCACACGAACAACUAGCAUAAACAUUGUCUAAUUAUAGCGGUGAUGGUGUACUCGUUCGCUUUAUUAAGGUAUGAACAACACUUAUAAAAUGAGCACGCAUUGGAAUGUUGCUCGAUAGUUUUAAGCAGUGGAAUGGAUUUCAAAGGAGAAUAGUGAGCACUUCUUCAGAUAAUCCUACAUGCUCACUUCGUUUAUUCUGAUGCACAGUUUCAUAUAGAUUGCCGUGCGUGCAGACGUUGCUGUGAGGGUCUUUGACCUCUCUCAUUGUACAGCUGAAGCUCAUACUGAAGUUCUCGCCAGUAUGGUGCAUGUUGGUUUUAAUGUAUCGUACGUGGAACUAAAAAACGCCGUUACCAUUGUGAUUAUUAUUCAGUAAAAUGGACGAGUCGUCCCUCUUGGAUUUGCUCGAGUGCUCUGUAUGCCUGGAACGGCUGGACACGACCGCCAAGGUGCUGCCUUGUCAGCACACCUUCUGCCGCCGCUGCCUGGAAAACAUCCUGAGCUCCCGCAACGAGUUGCGAUGCCCGGAGUGCCGAAUACUGGUGGACUGUGGCGUGGACGAGCUGCCUGCUAACAUCCUACUGGUGAGACUGCUGGACGGUAUUAAGCAGAGACCCAGGAACGGAGGGAGACUGUCACUUACAGGGGCUUCCCUGGGAUGCGCAGCCGGUAUCUCAGCCUCCCCUCCCGAGACAGCCACCCGUGACCUACCGACAGCCAUACGCAGUUCCCCGGUCAAGAAUGUUCCCCAGCUCCCCUGUGGCAAAGCCCUCUACAACUAUGAGGGGAAGGAACCCGGGGACCUGAAAUUCAGCAAAGGAGACGUCAUCAUUCUGCGCAGGAAGGUGGACGAGAACUGGUACCAUGGUGAGCUCAAUGGCAGCCACGGCUUUCUGCCAGCCAGCUACAUCCAUUGCAUCAAACCCCUCUCUCAAACCCCACCUCAGGGCAAAGCACUUUACGACUUUGAAGUCAAAGACAAAGACCAAGACAAGGACUGCUUGACAUUCACCAAGGAUGAAAUUCUUAUUGUGAUAAGAAGAGUGGAUGACAACUGGGCAGAAGGAAUGCUGGGAGAUAAAAUUGGAAUCUUUCCUAUUCUAUACGUAGAGCUAAACGAGGCAGCGAAGCAGCUGAUUGAGAUGGACAAGCCAUGCCCUUCAUCUGGACCCGGCACUGACCCCUCAGCCCCAUGCUCGGCCGCCAGUGCCACCCUGAACGGCACUAGUGCCAUGAGCGCCAUCCACCGACGCAUCGAUGGCAAGAAGAACACCAAGAAGCGGCACUCGUUUACAGCGCUCAGCAUGACGCACAGGGCUGCCCAGGCCAUGAACAGUCGGCACUCCAUGGAGAUCAGUGCUCCGGUCCUUAUCAGCUCCAGCGACCCACGAGCAGCGGCCAGGAUCGGAGACUCCACACACCUGUCCUCCAGCGCACCCUCUCAGGAUUCCUCUUCCUUUGCUGGGACAUCUACUAUUGCAGGCGUUCCCCCCAGGAUUGCUGCAGCAUCUGGUGAGCAAGGUACUGCAGUCAAGGUCCAGCUGCCCCUCAACAUAUACCUGGCCCUGUAUGCCUACAAGCCUCAGAAGACAGAUGAACUGGAACUGCGCAAGGGCGAGAUGUACCGCGUCACUGAGAAGUGUCAGGACGGCUGGUUCAAGGGCACCUCACUGCGGACCGGCAUGUCAGGAGUGUUUCCUGGCAACUACGUGACUCCAGUGUCCAGGGCACCAUUUGCUGUGGGACAGUCCCGAACUGGUCUUCCCAUUUCCUCUCAGCCGGUCAAGGGGGUCCCGACCACCCCCCAGCCUGCAAGCUCGGCCAGCCCGGUCCUCUUGAACGCUGUGGCCAGGCCUGUUGCCCCCUUGGCUGCUCCCUCCACCUCCCCACAACUGCAACCCGCCUCCAUGCAGCUCAAGAACUGCCUGCGGAUCUCAGGCCAGCAGACAGUCAACCAAGCCCGCAAUGCAAUGCAGCUGGUGCAUGCCGCAGCUGAGACACAGGAGAGGCCUACAGCGACUGUCCCUCCUCUCAGAACUCAGAGCUCACCCUCACGCUCCCCGGUAACUGUGGUUCGGCCGCACUCCAUGGUGUCCCCUCAACACAUCCACCAGCCACCAGUCCCAGGUUCCCCAGGAUCUCCGUGUGUCCGGCCCACCUUCCCUCUCACCUCAGCGGCUGCCGCCAUUACCCCUCCCAAUGUGAACGCUGCCAGCCUGAACGGAGAGGCAGGCAGUGGAACACCCCAUCCCUCCUUGCCCUCCCUCCCCACCAGCACUGCGCCAAGCCUGCCUAAGGCAGAAGAAAAGAAACCAGAGAAGAAGGAGAAGAAAGGAGGACUACUGAAGCUCUUGUCAGGAGCAUCUGCAAAAAAGAAGUCCCGCUCCUCGCCUUCCGUCUCUCCCACCCACGAACCCCAACCACAGGCAGCAGCGGAGGCACCUUUACAGGGGGCCAUGGGUCCUGAGGUGUCAUCAGUGUUGAAUCAUGGGAGAGCAGGCUCCUGUCCCAUUGAAAGCGAGAUGCAGGGAGCCAUGCGAAUGGAGCCUCUGCACAAGAAGUCUGGCUCUUUGGAUUUGAAUUUCUCAGUCUCGCCUCCUGCCAGGCAGCCAUGCUCUUCAAUGGUGGCCCUCCGUCCAGAACCCAAGCCCCUCUCAAGAGAAAGGUACCGUGUGAUUGUACCCUACCCGCCUCAGAGCGAGGCGGAGAUCGAGCUGAAGGAAGGAGACGUUGUGUUUGUGCACAAGAAGCGCGAGGACGGCUGGUACAAGGGCACCUUGCAGCGCAGCGGGAGGACAGGUCUCUUCCCAGGCAGCUUUGUAGAAAGCUUUUAAGACGCUCGGCUCUCUCGUCAGCUGCAGCCGCCGCCUGGCGACAAUGUAGCGCAUACUUUUUUUUUGUAUUACUUGUUGUUUUGUAAUCUUUCAUUAAGAUUCCAGCUGCCAGAAGGGGUCCUUACCUCUAGAGGCGUACAUACUACCCAGCACAAAGCAACUUUAUGACACAAGGUAAACGAGAAACCCGUUGACAUUCACUGCCAUUACUGCUUCCAAAGAAAUCUGAAAGAACAUGAGCCCAUGCACAAGCACACAUGACCAUAGGCACACAGGGGACAUAGAGAACCAUCUUAUGAGGAAAAAGCCUUGGAGUGACUGCACUUUUAUUAAAGUGUACACACAAUAGUAUGUUGAAGUAGUGCCUUCCCUCAUGGAGUCACCAACCAACAAGACAGACCAGCUGACCAGGAGCAAAUCAUUCACAUUUUUACUCAAACAAGCUACGCUGAUUAACGGUCUUUUUUUUUUUUCAAAUGAAUGUUUUGAUAUAUUGCCGUAACUUACUUUGGAGCAGCUGCAGUGAUCCCUUUUUAAUGCCCUGCGUGGGUUAGCUGUGAGGAAUUUCUUGUGCAUUUGAUGUGUUGUUGUACUGAAGAUUAAAUAAAGUAUUAAUAGGCAGCAAUAACAAAGAUGGCCAACAAAAUAGGGAGGGUCUGAGUAAAACCAACCAGCUUAUUCCAUUAAAUUUGUUCAGUUUGUUGCAAAUCAAAUUUAGUGCACAACAGCACAUUGUCCAAGAUCUUAGUCUUAUAAGCACACAGAAAUACUCUUUAUUACAGGCCUUUGUUAGAUAAUGUACUGUAAUAAAUGUUUUGUAUUCCUGAAAAAUAAUAAUAAUAAUAAUAAUAAUAAAUAAUAAUAAUAGUAAUUUUUUAUUACUGCUCAUUGUCAGCCAAUAUUGCAUCACUGGAAGCAUUGACUGAUUUAUAUUCAUGUAAACUCCCUUCAAAUAAAACAAAUCUGAAUAGUUUCCUAUUAUUGUUUUGAAAUAUAAAAAAUAAAAAUAUAGGUGGGUCCCACUUGUUUACCUUUUCACUGCUCUUUUGUAACUCCAGUGCUGUAAACAAGCAUGAUCCCAGAGCAAAAGAAUUGUCACAAGAGCAGUGAGAAAGUUGUUUCACAAGUGCAGUGAAAAAGAGUUGUUUCACAACAGCAGUGAGAAAGAGUUGUUUAUAGAUGACUCUUCCACCAUUUUGAGCAGGACGGCAUGGUGAAUCUCCAGGUAAAGCCCAAGUUGGGGUGUUGGGUCGAGUGUUUACUUUGACUGAUGCAGUCAUUUACAAGGGAGUUCAAAUUCAAAUAUAGAGUAAAGAUUUAUUAAAGCAAAAAAUCUGGUCUAGAUGCUAUGACUGUGAGCUUAGUAUUGGGUGUAUUGAGCUGAUCCAUGGAUUUCUCUGCAGUUUACAGUAGAGUACAGUUUAGCUAUCUUUAUUUUUUUAUUUAUUUUUUUUUAAAACAGGCUUGCUUACUUUUCAAAGUAAUGGUCAUGUUAAGUUGCAUAGCAGAGUCUGUCUUUUUGUGACACUGCAGUUAAUUGUGUUGAAAGUUGUUGAUAUGGGUCCAAGACUUAAUGUUCAAAUGUCUAGUCAUAGCAUAGGGAAUGGAAACUUACUUGAAUCUUAAAUGAAAAAGCACCUGGUCUGUUAUACAGGCCAGUAACUAUCCCUGAUGUGGGGAAGACCAAGAGCCUGAGAAUUAGCAACAGUUGGGCAGAAUGUUUCUUCUCCUAGCCAGGCCUGAACAAAACAAACAAACCAAAACAUUCCAAGAAAAGCACAUACUUUAAUAAAAAGCACAUUAAUCCCCCCCCCCC